AUGGAUCUGGAAACUAUCAUUGAAUGUGAUAAUGAGACGAAUAUUGUUAAUAAUAGUGUUUGUACUGUGCGAUUGAAGAGGAGCCAAAAGAAGACUAACAAGAUCGAAGAAUACAGAAAAAAGAGAAAGGAAAGGAGACCUGAGAAGAGACGGGAGAGAAGGAGGAAGAAAUCUGAAAUUCGGCACAAAAUGCUCGCUGCGAUGACCAUAAAUGAAAGAAGAGAAUUUAUCUCAAACGAGAGAAGGGAAGAUAAAUUACAGAGGAUAAGAAUUGAAGAAAAUCUGGUGAAAUCAUACAAUGAUGGAGUUGUAAUAUGUGUAAACUGCGGUUUCGAAGAUAAAAUGAGCGAUAAAGAGUUGGGUAGUUUAGCCAAGCAAAUAUCGAUGGUAUACAAUGGAAUUAAGAAAAACAUGUACAAUAUGCAAUUGCACCUGAGUCACUUUAAUGAAGAAGGGGUACUGGCUCAUAAAUUGAAAAAAUUUUCGUGUGAAAAAUGGAUGAUCCAUAAGCAUACAGAAGAUUUUUGGCAUAUUUACGAAGCUAAAUCAAUUGUCGUUCUGUCCCCCGAUGCAGGACAAGAUCUUGAAGAUGUAGAAACAGAUAAGAUAUAUAUUAUUGGCGGAUUAGUGGAUAAUGAGACUAGGAUUCAAAGUAUGACAUUGGGCCUUGAAUGUAGAAGAUUGCCUCUUGAUAAAUAUCCUCUGUGUAAAAAGAAGGUGCUUACAAUACCCACUGUAGUUAACAUACUAGCCGCACGACUACACGGUCAAGCAUGGGUAGAAGCGUUUGAGCACUUUAUACCCCAAAAUAGGCUAUACAAAUUGCCAAUUGUGUAA